AUUUUAAGAUCGACUUUCCUUGUUCUCCUUGUUUUUUGGUAUUUGUCACUGCUUUUCACUGUAAAGGGAUCCGGCGGAAGGGAAGGGUGAAGAAGAAGUAGGAGCGAUGGGCGGCGUGGCGUCGUCGGUGGCCGCGAAGCUGGCCUUCUUUCCGCCUUCGCCGCCGUCGUAUGAGAUGGUGACGGACCCCACGACGGGGAUGCUGAGGUUGAGCCGCUUCCCCCACCGUGAGAACGUGGAGGUGCUCCGCCUCCCCACACGCCGAGGAACUCAGAUCGUUGCCGUGUACGUCCGGAAUCCCAUGGCGAGCUCCACGCUCCUCUACUCCCACGGAAACGCUGCCGACCUCGGCCAGAUGUACGAGCUCUUCCUCGAGCUCGGCAUCCACCUCCGCGUAAACCUCUUUGCAUAUGAUUAUUCUGGAUAUGGACAAUCUACUGGAAAGCCAAAUGAACAGAACACUUACGCCGAUAUAGAGGCUGCUUAUAAAUGCCUUGUAGAGCAAUAUGGUACUAAGGAGGAAGAGAUUAUAUUAUAUGGCCAAUCUGUUGGAAGCGGACCGACUGUCAAUUUGGCCACUCAACUACCUCGUUUGCGUGCUAUUGUUUUACAUAGUGCUAUACUAUCAGGUUUAAGAGUGAUGUAUCCAGUAAAGCGUACAUAUUGGUUUGACAUCUAUAAGAAUAUUGACAAAAUUCCCUUGGUCAAAUGCCCUGUACUAAUAAUCCAUGGACUAUCAGAUGAAGUCGUAGAUUGCUCUCAUGGCAAGAAACUAUGGGAGCUAUGCAAGGAGAAGUAUGAGCCACUUUGGCUCAAAGGUGGGAAGCAUUGUGAUCUAGAGCUUUUCCCUGACUACAUCAAACAUCUCAAAAAAUUUAUUUCCACCGUGGAGAAAUCACCUUCCCAAAGAAGCACCCCCCAAAUAAGUACAGAUAGGUUUGAGCCACCAAGGAAGAGCUCUGAUUGCUUUGAACCCUCGAGGAAGAGCUCUGAUUUCAGGGAGAAGCACAGGCUGAGUACAGAUAAGAUGAGAACUAAGGAUCGGAGAAGUGGCAACAUGGAUAAAAUGGGCAAAUUGAAGGCUUCAUUUGACCAGUUGGAGAAGUUCAGGAGAAGUGUGGAUCAUGUGGACAAGUCUAAGAAGAAUACUGAUCAGCUGGAUAAGGGACGGAAGAGUGUCGACCGAUUGGACAGAGUAUGGGCUGGCUAAUAAGUUCAACUGUUUGUAAAAUUUAAAUGUGGUUUUGUUGUAUCGAAAAUUUAAUCUGUGCUUCUUUGUGUUCACCAACCAUGUAGCUUAUUUGUAGUUGUCACAGAACAAUAGCUAGAGCUGGGACUGAAGAAAAUUGAUGUAGUGUUUUAGUACAUGAGCUAUAGUUAAAUCAAAUCCUUCCAUGAGAAUGGUAGACAUGCUUAA